AUGGCACGAAAACCUAAGGUUCCAACUCCUCCACAAUCUGACAAUGAAGAUGAUGAAGAAGCCAAAUCUCCACAUAUGUCUCCAAGAGGUAGUACUCCACCUCAAUCUCAUACCCCAACUCAAGAAGCCAAGAUUCCAUCUGCACCUCCAUCGCCAAAACAAUCACCUCCUAAAACAGAAGACGUUCAAAUUCCUACUCCAAACCCUUCCCCAAAACAAACAACCCUAGAACAAACACCUCCGAAACAACCACCUCCAACACCGACACCGAAAGUUCCAGUUUCGGUUGUUCCCACUUCUAUAAUAGAAACUUCUCUACCACCUCCACCAUUUUCUUAUGUCUCUAUUUCCACAACACCUUUCUCUACUCCCAUCAUUACCCCAGUCACAACCACUACAAUCCCAGAACAAAUAGCAACGGUCAACAUAUCUCAUACGGGGGCACCUACUUUGGAUACAUUGCUUGCUGAUACUAAAGCCUAUGGAGGGGUUGUUCUGAAUGCUUUUGUGGAGACAAAUAUAGAGCAAUAUACAAAAGCUAUGGAUAAAUCAACCGAUGCUGUCAAAGAAUCGACUUUAGUUUGCAAGAAAUCUUCUGCUGAUGUUACUGAAUCUUUAAAGGAAGAACAAACAAAGUUUGAAGAAGUUCGUUCCUCUAUGAAAGCUGAUAAUGCCUCUCUCAUUAGUUCGGUUUCCUCCAAACUGGACUCCCUGCAUGCAGAUGUUGCCAAAGAGGGUGCUCUAAAAGAAGAAAUUGCCCAACAAGCCUCUACGAUUGCAGUUCAAAAAGUCCAACUUGAUUAG